GUCGCAGCCUUGAGGUGGGCUGGCGCACGUCAGCAAACCUGAGCUGCCUUCAAUAGAGAAGGCAUUGUUUGGGUGGAGGAAACGCAGAGGACAAAAACCAAGGAAGAGAAAUGGAUUUGGAGUCAGUGAAGAGAUUGCUGGAGAAUGGACAAGGAACUGAGAAUGAAUCCUCGAUCAAUUCCUUGCCCACCAGAUUGUUUGACCCCUUCAUCUUGCAAGGCCUUCACGUUGAUCUGGUGGAGCCUGGUCGUCUCAUCUGCUCCAUGAAAGUCCCACCUCGCCUGCUGAACAAUGGAAAUUUUUUGCAUGGAGGCGCAACGGCCUCGCUGGUGGAUUUGGUGGGCUCUGCUGCUAUUUUUUCAACUGGAGCUCCCAUUUCUGGAGUUUCUGUAGAGAUCAAUGUUUCUUACUUGGAUGCUGCUUAUGCUGAUGAGGAAAUCGAGAUCGAGAGCAAGGUUUUACGUGUUGGUAAAAGUGUUGGUGUGGUCAGCGUUGAAAUUAGGAAGAAAAAGACUGGGAAAAUCAUUGCCCAGGGCCGUCAUACUAAGUACCUUCUGGUUCGUAGUAAAAUUUAAAAUUCUCCUCCCUCUCCCUUCCCCCAACCCAGAAAAGGGGGAACAAAGAAAUAAAGAAUCCCUGUCUUCAGUUGCAGACUGGGGAAUUGCCUUCCAGAAGUGAUGAGUUGUGCGCAUUAAAUUUGUACUAGAGUUGAAUCUAUGGUGCUAGAGACUGGUUCAUUUCAAAAGCUAAAUACAUAGGGGGAUGCUGAAAUAUUACAGUUUGUUUAUUUUAAAACUAGGAUGAUGUAUUAUUGUAAAGCUUGGUUGGGUUUGGGUAGGUUCUUAAUUAACCUAAAAAUCGAACCAAAUUAAUCAAUUCUAAUUAAAUUGAAUUUUAUUAGGAUUGAUUUAGUUAUUG